GGAACAUUUCUGCUACUCACUGUGAUGUUGUGCAGGGCAUCUUACUGUCGCAGACUCUUAGCUCGCUCAUUGGCCACAGAGGCUUCCUCAUCCUCCACUGCGGCCUCGGAUCUCCCAGGUUUUCCUCUACCGCAUCGACAACAAUCAUCUCAACAGACUAAGCAACGGGCACGACUACACCCUCGUCCUCGUCCUUCAACCUCUCAUCACCAUUCCAACCUUCCAGAGUUACCCCCUUCAUUUGGUCGAAACCAAUUCCUUCCAGUAUCCAACUCAACUCGCGCUCUUUUAGAAUCUAUCUUUGCCCAGUUCAACGCACCGAUUCGUUACGCAUUUGCGUAUGGCUCGGGAGUGUUUGAACAGGAUGGGUACAACUUGCCUGCAACUCCCAGUGACCCCAAUUCACCCAUGCUUGAUUUCAUGUUUGCAGUGACUCAUCCCGACCAUUUCCAUUCGAUCAAUAUGCAGCAGCAUCCCAGUCAUUAUCCUCUACAUGCUCGGACAUUGGGAUCGGAUUAUGCUUCCAGAGUUCAAGCCAUCGGACCUGGUGUCUGGUUCAACGCUUAUGUGCCCAUGAAAGGUGUUACAAUCAAAUACGGCGUUACGACUGUCGACAACCUUUGUAUUGACCUCCUGAACUGGAGAACACUUUACCUCGCAGGCCGGAUGCACAAACCACUACGAAUCAUCAAAGACGACGCCCGCGUACGACUUACUCAACAAGUCAACCUCACAUCUGCUAUUCGUGCCGCUCUUCUUACUCUUCCCGCCGAAUUCAGUGAGAUAGAAUUGUUCGAGCGUAUAGCUGGGAUUAGUUAUGCAGGUGACCCGAGGAUGAUAUUACCCACGGAAAACCGCAACAAAGCCGGCAAUAUUGUGAGGAAGCAGGCCCCUCAAUUCAAGGAACUGUACCAUCGACUGGCGAUUGGGCUUCCCGGCUUGCAUUGGCCGGCUCAUUUGUCGACAAUCAAGCAAGAUACCAGUCCUCUUGCGAAAUCGGCCCAUUUGAGGAAGCUUCCUUCGGGUUUACUAAGCCGCGUUGAGAGGCACUUUGGAUCUCGUGAGGGUAAACCCUCACGAGAGAAAGAGGAAGGUUUGUAUUGGGUCAAGCUAGCUGAAGAUGAGAAAUUGGGAGAGAGGGUGAAGAAAGAAAUGGCAGCCAUUGUGCGUGCACCUGCAACAGUACAGUCGCUAAAAGGGAUCGUCACUGCAGGGGUUGGAAAGAGCAUGCGGUACACGCUCGCGAAGGUGAGCAAGUGGUGGAACAGCAAAGGUAGCAGCAAGACGUCCUCGUGAUAUUUUUCAUCUCUUCAUGUAAGUAGCUACCGUACAGACUAAACUGCAACUCACAAUCGUAAUCAACUAUGUUAUGGUACUCUAGUAGAAUAUAUACCUUCACAGAAACACACAU